GAUUCACUUAUUAUCACGUGACUUUUUACCUGUCAACUCAGGUAUUUCUGUCUGGCAAGAGAGGGGAGGGACAUUCCAUCACUUGUUAAACCUAGGAAAGGGAUCGGGGAAUCACACAUGAUGACGGGGACAAUUUAUCCAGCAGAGGAGUUUGAUGCCGAGGCAGCGGCCGCAGGGAUGCGCGAGGCUAUGACAGGUUUCGGUACGAGUGAAGAGGCCAUUAUAUCAAUACUGGUGAAUCACUCAUGGGAACAGAGGAAAGAAAUCGCCACAGCAUUCAAAACUGCAUAUGGAAAGGACCUGAUUGAAGACCUUAAGGAUGAACUAGGUGGUAAUUUUGAGGACGUUUGUGUCAUGAUGCUUGCUUCACCGAGAGAGAUUGACGCUCGUGAACUAAACAAAGCGAUCUCGGGAGCCGGUACAGAUGAAACUGUCCUAGUAGAAAUCAUGACGUCCAGAACGAAUGAAGAGUUGGCAGAAAUCAAAGAAAUUUACGAAAAGGAAUUUGAGACCACCUUAGAAGAGGACCUCCAGAGCGACACCAGUGGCUACUUUGGUCGCCUAAUGGUGGCGCUGUGUGCCAAUGGGAGGGAACCCAGCGAAGGCUGGGACAUGGCGGAAGCCGAGGACUCUGCCCAGAAACUAUACGAGGCAGGAGCUGGAAGUCUUGGUACCGAGGAAGCAGAAAUUAACGCUAUUUUAUGUAUAAAGAGCUAUGAUCAACUUAGAGCCAUAUUUUACAAAUAUGAGGAAUUAAAGGGCAACCCACUAGAAGAAGAUAUUGCUAGUGAAACAAGUGGGACCCUGAAGGAUGGAUUUCUUGCCAUAGUUGAGGUAGCCAAGUACAAACCCAGAUUUUUUGCAAGGAGAUUACAUGACGCCAUGGCAGGGCUAGGAACCAGCGAUGAUGACCUCAUCCGAAUCAUCGUCACCAGGAGUGAGGAUGACCUAGAGGAAAUCAAGGAGGAGUAUCAGAAACUCUAUGAGAAAUCUCUGGCAGAGGAUGUCGCUGAUGAAUGUUCAGGAGACUAUAAACGCAUGCUUUUAGCAAUCAUCAAGUAACAAGAUGGCGGAAGUUUUUGUCCAAGGACUGCAAUUUAAGCGCAAUUUUCCUGUGAUACACAUUACUAAAAUGUUUGUUUUGAGAUUUUACAAUGCCUUGCCAAAACAAAGGUUUCCAUUACGUUUAUCAGCGCCUCUCAAAAAAAAGUUUAGAAGUAUAUGUUUACCAUUUGUCAGUAGUGAGUUUUCUAUUGCUCACUGUUUUAAUUCUAUAAUAAAGCCAGUUUAUGGAUUGUGACACGCUUCACAAUUAGGUGUUAAAUAAAAUAUUGUUAUUUUUU